AUGGAGAAGGUUAUGCGCGUGAUUAAAUUAUUUUCCGAUGAUGAUGCUCAAUCGUCCAGAACUGGACAUAAUUACCAUUUAGACGAUUUUCCAGGAACUAUACCCAAAACGCUUCUGAUGCGAGAUGACCUACAAAAACGUCAAAUUUUCCGCGAGCAAGUUCAACCACAUUCCGGAGGAAGAAUUCCUACUUCUGCAUUUCGUGCAGACAGACUUGCUCUGAACCAGCUCAAUAAACAAGGAAUCACUAUUCCUGAUGGCAUUUUACUAGAACAUAGAAGUCACGAGAUGUCACGAACAGUUGCGGACACGCGUUUCCAUACCCUAAUUGCACUGUGCAUCGCAUUGUGCAUGAGCACGUGGCUUCCCGUCAAUGCCUCGGCCAAGCAAAAACGUCAAAUUUUCCGCGAGCAAGUUCAACCACAUUCCGGAGGAAGAAUUCCUACUUCUGCAUUUCGUGCAGACAGACUUGCUCUGAACCAGCUCAAUAAACAAGGAAUCACUAUUCCUGAUGGCAUUUUACUAGAACAUAGAAGUCACGAGGCUUUCCCGUAUCAAAGUCGACAAAGAAGCGUCAAAGUAAUAAAAGUGUUCCAAGCAAUCGAUGGCCGUUACGUGCCUUUUUAUGGAAGAGAACUGAAUCACUUCCCGCAGACCGUGGACACGACUUAUGUAAUAAGGGAACCUCAUCGACCGCAACAAUAUAGGCCAUCACUGCUCUUCCCUACAUUAAUAGAACCGCAUUCGCACACUUCUAUCUUUUCGUCGAACUUCAGACACCAGCCAAAAUCUUUGGAUGCAUGGUUGCACGAAGACAAACUGAUCCUGGAUGAUAUUGAUCAUCUGUGGCUGCCAACUUUGGAUCCGAUAAUAUUAAAUUAUCCAGCACUAUUCAGCGAUUGGACAAAAGAGAGCAAGAAACAAUUUCCUGUUGUUUUUCAAAAUAAAUUUGGUUAA